UGGACCUACUUCCUAGUUCACGAUAGGGCUUGGGACCAAGCUACCAGCUAGCCAUACUAGCCCAAGUUUUGUCAGCUGUUAACAUAGUCAACGUAAAUUGUUAACUUAGAAAAUGGCAAUGAAUUGUCCAGGUUACAAAGAUAAGUAGAUAUAACGCUGACAAGUCUACAGGUCGCUUUUGGAGUUGUAAAAGCACGCAUUCCUGGCGAACAAUCUGGUAGCAAACCUAAACCAUCGAUAAGCUGUCAUGGAGUCUUACAUACAAUUCACAAACCAAAGCCAAGGGAGGGAUCGAAUUUUAAGAGCAACCCAGUAUGCGUGCGCUCUUGCGAGAUAUAUGCUUCGAAAUGAUCCCUCUAGGAAAGAAAUGUUGAUGAAGCUGCAAAGUCUUCAAUCUAACAUGAGUUCAGGACGCAAAUUGUUCAGACUGGGCAACACCGUCAAUUCGGUCGAUGCUGCCAAGCGCACCCUGUUGCUCUCUGACCCCAUCCUUAGAUUCUGCCUCACUGUUGCCAACCUCAGCCGCGCCCUCUAUUUCAUCUGUGACAACGUGCUAUGGGCAAGAAGCCUCGGACUGGUCCGAGACAUCAACAAGGAACGCUGGAGUCUGAACGCCACCCGCUACUACUUUGUGUCCCUGGUGAUGAACCUGACUCGAGACGUGUACUUGAUGGCACAGCUGAUGGUGCAGCGGUCACGAGAUAGGCAGCACCAGCAGAAGGUCCAUCAGCAUCUUAACGAGAGCCCAGAUGUGGCCUGUGUGGUGGUCCCACAGCUGGAUGCCUUUGUAUUUCUUCUUAUCGAGUGCCUCAAAGGCAACCCUGCUGUUGCCUUGGAUACUGUCAAGAAUGUGUGUGACCUCUUCAUUCCCUUAGACAGGCUUGGAGUAUAUGAGACCAGUGAAGGGGUGGUGGGGUUCUGUGGGCUCUUGUCAUCGCUGCUAGGCAUACUGUCAGUCCUGAAACCCCACUUGAAAAUCAAGCCAUAGAAAUAUUUUUUUUCUGGAAAGAAAGGAGAAGUGAUAAGAAUAUGGAAUGCAUUUUAAAUGCUUUAUAGUCUAACACUGGAUGGAUUCACCUAUUAAAAGACACUAGCCAUAGGAAAUCUCCUCUUGAGAUUUGUCACUCUUAACCUUCUUAAGUAUUGCACUUAUAUAAGGGGUUCACGUGAUAGUUGAUGGAGUGGCUAAGGGUGAAGCUUCACAAAGAUCAACGAAUAAACUGAGGGUGGAAAAGAAUGUCAAAGAAUGAAGAUGCACAGACUGAAUAGGGAAUAUUGGGAAAGAUUGAAAAAGGGAACAAAUUGUGAAAUUGGCUCUGUAGCUGUUGUUCAUCUGUUCACUAAAUCAGACAGGGUAUCAGCCUGCCUUAAGCAGCAGAGAUUUAGAUGCAGUUAAAGCUUGUCCUUUCUGAGGACUUGACACACUUUUCUGAGAAAGACACAACUUGCAGUGUACUGUAGGUCAGAUUUGGAUUCCGUUGCUCUUUAUGAUUUAUAUGUCUUGUAUAUUAUCCUACGACACCCCAUGUCCAUCAGGUGCUAAGUCUCUCACAGCACAUACCCUUUUUUUGUGAUUCUUACACAUGAUCAAGUUUGAUCUGCCCCACUACUCAGAAGACUUGAGUAUUUGUGUCCUCUCUUUGUAUACUUUCUAGUACUUUCUUACAAAUACAGUGUUUUCUAUGUUUUUACGAGCAUAGUGUUGGAUUAAUUCACUCUGAAAAUCUAGCCGUUUCUGGUCUUGUCUACCUCACUAUUCAAAUAUGUCAGUGUCAUGUUUACUGCGCAAUGUUCAGUUUCUUAUCUGUAAAGAAGCAUCUCCGGUUCAUUCAGUCUGAAUCACCUUUAGUACCUCUUGAUAGUACUACAAAUCUUUGAGAAAUUCUAUUUUGUUUAAUUGUGGUUACAGCUCUUUUUUUUCAAAAUUGAAAUGGAAUCCGUUAUUUCAAGUGGGAAUUAGUUCCUUCAUUGAAGAGAAAAAUUAGAAAGUGCUAUUGAAUUGCCCACAAAGCCUUAAACUGGGAUUUGACCGAUUGUUACCAUAACUUGUUUGAAUUAAAAUAUUUAAAUGUUUUAUCUCUAAAUAAAUUAUUUUCUAAUGGAGACUGA